UGAGUGUUAUGGUUGUUAUUGUGCGUUCAGUGGUCAACUUCUUUGUUCUGAAGACUUACGAACCCCUGUUAACGGCACGGUUUGUGUGUAUCCUGUGUUUGGGACUCAGUCAUAUUCUCUGUGCGUCGUCACUGGUCCAGAGGCCCAAUAUGAUGGCAUUCCGUGUGGGCGGAGCUUUGGAGAGUGUGCAGGAGCAAUAUUACCUGUUAAACGUAUGUUUCUCCAUGGUCACCUUUGACCUCCAGGCCCAGCUGUGUCUGUGUAUCCUGAUUCUGAAGUGGAACGAGCCUGUCUAUCACAACAUUAUACUGGCCGUCGGACUGGUGUGGGCGUGCAUCACAGCCGCCAUCGGAGCCACCGCUGUUUUGAAAGAGGUUAAGCCGCUUGUCUGGACUUUUCUUCUCCUGAACCUGCCUGAGCUGGCUUAUUUUGUCUUUCUCCUGUACACGAUCAUCUUACAGUGGGGACAGGAUGGCUCCUACACCCUGGAAGCGGCUGCCGUCACGGGUUGCACCAUCUCCGUGGUGAUCAAGGGCAUUCUGUUGUGGGGUCUUUCCCGUCUCUACAGAACCUUUGGGCAGGGCCUCAGGGAGAGAAUGUUUGCACCUGACAGACAGUAGAAAUGCACAAAGAAGGAAAAUGGAACCUUGCCAGGGGAGAAAC